AUGGCAGGUCGCGGCGGCAGAACCCGCGCGUGUAUGGUGUGCUCCAUAGUCCAGUCUGACCAGGAGUUCUAUCGCAACGGCUGCCCCAACUGCGAAGAGAUCCUCCUUUUGCGCAAUAAUCGAGACGCUAUCGGAGAAUGCACCUCCCAGGUUUUCGAAGGACUUAUUGCUCUAAACGACCCCAAGACAUCAUGGGUAGCUCGGUGGCAGCGAUUGACCGAAUAUGUUCAAGGCAUCUACGCGGUUAAGGUUGUGGGGACAUUGCCAAACGAGAUCAUUGGUGCGCUGGAAGAUAAUGGAAUCAAGUAUGUCCCAAGAGACGGGAGUGGAAUGGAUGAGGAUAGCGUUGCGGCUUAA